UUUUUUUUUAUAUUCAAGAGGUAAGCGCGUGCAAAUAUCGAUCCGUCUCGUCCAAGUUCGAGAAGUUUUUAAACAAAUUUGAAAAGAUUUUAUAACGCCUACUUAAGUGAUUGGGGAACUUUUAAGCCGGACCAAGAGAUGGCUGGGAGGUUUUACGACCCUCCGAGUUCUGCCAGUUCAGAAAGUGAUGGUGGUGAUGAAUGGCCAUUUAGCGAUUCAGGCAUGGAUAACAUCACUGAAUCUGACACUCCAAGGAAUGAAGGUGAAGCACCACUGUCACCUCAAUUUCCACCUAGACCUCCUUCUGAAGGCUCUCAACCAAAAUCUCCUAGAUCUAGAAGACAAAGAACUUUAUCACAGAGCGCUGCUGCCAAAGCAGCUGUAACAACAACUAACCAGGACUUUAUUUUGAGGACAAAGGAACAAAAAACAUUUUACACUGCUGGCAGGCCUCCGUGGUAUAAUUUCUCUGGACAACAUGUUGAACCUUUUGUUAUUGGAAUUUGCGGUGGAAGCGCCUCGGGCAAAACGACCGUGACAAAUAAAAUAAUCGAAUCGUUGGGACAUCCUUGGGUAACUUUACUGAGUAUGGACUCGUUCUACAAGGUUUUGACAGAAAAGCAGCACCAGCAAGCAUCUAAAAACGAAUACAACUUCGAUCACCCAGACUCUUUCGAUUUCGAGCUCUUAUGGAAAACUUUGCAUCGUCUAAAACACUUUAAAAGCGUUGAAGUUCCAAUCUACAAUUUCAUUACCCACAGCCGAGAAACCAAAACGAAAACCAUGUAUGGUGCUAAUGUGAUUAUAUUUGAGGGCAUUUUGACGUUUUACAACCAGGAAAUUUGUUCCCUGCUGGACAUGAAAGUAUUUGUUGAUACCGAUUCGGAUAUUCGAUUGGCACGGCGGUUAAGGCGUGAUAUCUCUCAGCGAGGACGUGAACUUGAAGGAGUGUUGAAACAGUAUAGCUCAUUUGUCAAACCGUCUUUCGAGCACUAUAUUGCACCUUUGAUGGCACACGCCGACAUUAUCGUACCGCGAGGUGGUGAUAAUGAAGUUGCAAUAAGCCUUAUUGUGCAGCAUGUUCAGACACAACUGCAGUUGAGAGGUUUCAAGCUAAGGCCCAUCCUGGCCAGUGCCCAAGUGGAUCAACCACUGCCAAAUUCUCUUCACAUUCUGCCCUUAACUCCGCAAGUCAAGGGCUUGCAUACAUUCAUUCGUAAUAAAGACACUCCACGUGAUGAAUUCAUCUUCUAUUCCCGCCGGCUUAUUCGAUUGACCAUUGAGUUUGCUCUGUCUUUAUUGCCAUUUAAGGACACCGUGGUAGAAACUCCACAGGGAGUGCUAUAUCAAGGGAAACGCAUAGCUACGGAUAAAAUAGUUGGAGUCUCCGUUUUGCGAGCCGGCGAAACUAUGGAACAAGCACUUUCAGAAGUUUGCAAAGACGUCCGCAUCGGGAAAAUUCUUAUUCAGAACAACAUCGAAACAGGGGAACCUGAGUUAUACUAUCUUCGUCUUCCUCGUGACAUUAAAGACUAUCUAGUCAUACUAAUGGACGCUACCGUGGCGACGGGAGCUGCGGCCAUGAUGGCUAUCCGAGUACUCCUUGAUCACGACGUCCCAGAGGAAAAUAUUCUAGUCGCUUCCCUACUGAUGGCGGCCUCCGGUGUACAUACGAUUGCCUACGCUUUUCCAAAAGUUCGAAUUGUUUCUUCAGCAGUAGACCCAGAGAUAAAUGAGAAAUUUUUCGUCAAACCUGGCAUUGGUAAUUUUGGUGACCGAUACUUCGGCACAGAACCACCUAAUGAAGCAUAAAAAAUUUCUGGCCAUGGACUUGGAUAAAUCUCUAGCCUACCUUUGUCAUUGAUUGCCCUCUAUAUGGUGCAAGAGACCUACUCAGUACUUAUAAUUUCCUUCUCUUAUUAAAAAAUUGUGAUUUAAAAGAAAUCUUACAGAUUAAAAUCUGGACCAAACAGUCACGAAAGACUUGAUUUUGUCUUUUCUUAUUGUUUUCAAUCAGUCAAAUCUGGUGUUUUUUU